UAAUGUAAGGUGAACAAUUUAUAAAGAUGAUUCAAAAAGGGAAUACUAAACCCUAAUAGCUUCUUCUUCCCCGAUUCUCACCGUUGUCUCCAGCUCUGGCUCAUUGGUUUGGAUCCGAAAAUUAGUGGAUCAUCACUUGGAUCUCGAAUCCUUCCGUCUACUCAAAGAUCAUCCCCAUCGGACAAUCUUCUCCUCCGUAGGACAAUGUCGGGUGAGUAACGCGGACACACACACACACUUGUUGUUUUCAAUCGAUAAAAAUGGCGCAGAAGCUUAACUUGACUCAUCUCCCCGUCCCUCCGGUCACUCACCGCUCUAGUUUCCCCUCCACCUUCACCUUCGGUGUUGCCACUUCCGCUUACCAGAUUGAAGGAGGCUGGAAUGAAGGUAAGAAAGGGCCAAGUAUAUGGGAUAAGUUCACUCAUCUCGAAGGGAAGAUUCUUGAUGGAAGUAAUGGUGAUGUUGCUGUGGAUCAUUACCAUCGAUACAAGGAAGACAUUGAACUUAUAGGACAAUUAGGAUUCAGUGCUUACAGAUUUUCCAUAUCCUGGUCUCGCAUUUUCCCUGAUGGCUUGGGAACUGAAGUCAAUGAAGAAGGCAUUGCUUUCUACAACAAUCUUAUCAAUGGACUUCUUGAAAAGGGUAUUCAGCCGUUUGUAACUCUAUACCAUUGGGAUCUCCCAUCACAUCUCCAGGAAGCAAUCGGAGGUUGGACAAAUAGAAAAAUUGUCGAUUAUUUUGGCCUGUAUGCAGAUGCUUGUUUUGCCAAUUUUGGUGAUAGAGUGAAGCACUGGAUCACAUUAAAUGAACCUCUUCAGACCUCGGUGAAUGGACACUGUAUUGGUAUAUUUGCACCUGGAAGAAAUGAGAAGCCCUUGAUCGAACCAUAUUUGGUUUCGCAUCAUCAGAUUUUGGCUCAUGCAACUGCUGUUUCCAUAUAUAGAAGCAAGUACAAGGAAAGCCAAGGUGGACAAAUCGGUUUGUCAGUUGAUUGUGAGUGGGCUGAGCCAAACUCAGAGAAACUGGAAGACAAGGUUGCUGCGGGUAGGCGAAUUGACUUUCAACUUGGAUGGUUCUUGGAUCCUUUGUUUUCUGGAGACUAUCCUGCAAGUAUGCGCCAGAAACUUGGAGACAGUCUUCCUAGAUUUACUCCAGAAGAAAAGGAGUUAAUGCGUCAGAACUCAUGGGACUUUCUUGGCCUAAACCACUACACCUCGAGGUUGAUUUCUCAUGUCUCAAACAUGGAAGCUGAAAGUGACUUUUACAACGCACAAGAAAUGGAGAGGGCUGUUGAAUGGGAAAAUGGAGAGCCAAUAGGUGAAAGGGCUGCUUCCGAUUGGCUUUAUGUUGUGCCUUGGGGAAUCCGAAAGACUUUGAAUUACAUCAGCCAAAAAUACAACCAACCUCCAAUAUAUAUUACUGAGAAUGGUAUCCUAUCUUUAUAUUUCUGUUGUUCAGUUUAA